AUGUCCGACCUGGAAGCAAGCCCAGCUGCAGUGUCAGGGUCUCGAUAUGCUGCUCAUCAGCUUCUGGGACCGGAACUGCAACUUCAAAGAGAGGCCAAAACUCCACCACCUGAUAAUUAUAAAGAAGAAAGAAAUUAUCCUGAUUCUGCCACCACAAGAUCUAUUUGCAGCCCUACCAAAACAUCAAACACCACCGAAACUAGCAGGAGCAAGAAGUAG